CGGCGGCUCCGUUGCGCCAUGUCCGCGGGGACCGACAUGGCCCAUUUCAGCUACAUCGUCAGCCUGCUAGAGCGAGCUAAGGUUACCAUAAAGAAUAUUGAGAGAGAACUCAUUUGCCCAGCAUGCAAGGAGUUAUUUACCCAUCCGCUCAUCCUUCCUUGUCAGCACAGUAUUUGUCACAAAUGUGUAAAAGAAAUUCUCUUCACACUCGAAGACUCUUUCACUGAUGCAGGCUCCGAGUCCUCUAACCAGAGCAGCCCUCGGAUUCGAAUGCAUUCCCCAAGCAUGGACAGAAUCGACAGGAUCAGCAGAUCAGGCAGAAAACGCAAUUCCCUGACUUCUAGAACAACUAUGUUUCCUUGUCCUGGCUGUCAACAUGAUAUUGAUCUGGGAGAACGUGGCAUCAGUGGCUUGUUUCGAAACCUUACUUUGGAAACCAUUGUGGAAAGAUACAGGCAGGCAGCCAGGGCAGCCACAGCCAUUAUGUGUGAUUUCUGCAAGCCUCCAGCCCAAGAGUCCACCAAGAGCUGCAUGGACUGCAGCGCAAGCUAUUGUAAUGAGUGUUUCAAGGUGUAUCAUCCCUGGGGGACUGUAAAAGCCCAGCACGAAUAUGUAGGACCAACCACCAACUUCAGACCCAAGAUUUUGAUGUGCCCGGAACAUGAAAUGGAGAGAGUAAACAUGUACUGUGAAAUCUGCAGAAGGCCCGUUUGUCAUCUUUGUAAACUGGGUGGAUCUCAUGCAAACCACAGAGUAACAACUAUGAGCACUGCCUACAAAACUCUUAAGGAGAAGCUUUCAAAAGAUAUAGAAUACCUCAUCAGUAAGGAGAGCCAGGUGAAAAGUCAAAUCUCACAGCUGGGUCUCCUGGUUAAGGAAACAGAGUGCAAUGGUGAGAGAGCUAAAGAGGAAGCAUCUCAAAAUUUUGACAAACUGUUUGAGGUUCUGCAAGAGAAGAGAUCAGUAGCUCUCAGGGCAAUUGAAGCAUCUAAGAAUUUAAGGCUGGAGAAACUACAAACCCAAAUAGAGGAGUAUCAAGGUCUCCUAGAAAAUAAUGGCCUUGUAGGAUACGCUCAAGAAGUGCUCAAAGAAACCGACCAGUCUUGUUUUGUCCAAACAGCAAGACAACUCCAUGUCAGGAUCCAAAAAGCUACUGAAUCUCUGAGAAGCUUCAGGCCAGCCGCUGAAACUUCUUUUCAAGACUUUGUGAUGGACAUAGCAAGGCAAGAAGAGAUCCUUGGUGACUUGUCAUUCUAUUCCAAUGGUCUAGAUGUGCCAGAAAUCAAUGAAGAAAAGAGCAAAAUAUACAACAGGGCUGUCAUCAGUUGGGAAAAUCCAGGAAAAGCAGAUUCAGCUGAUAUCUAUGUCCUUGAGUAUCGGAAGCUGAAUAAAGAUGAGGAGAGUGCGACGUGGCAAGAGGUUGAAGUUUGCAGGAAGAGCAAAGUAAUAUCUGAUUUAGAUACCAACAGUAGCUAUAUCUUUAGAGUCCGAGGAUACAAAGGGUCCAUCUGCAGUGCUUGGAGCAAAGAAGUUAUCUUUCAUACACCUCCAGCUCCAGUUUUUAGUUUUCUUUUUGAUAACAAAUGUGGGUACAACAACGAACAUCUCUUCCUGAAUCCAAGAAGAAGUUCUGUGGAAAGCAGGGCUGGAUUUCCCCUUCUGCUAGGAGCUGAACGUAUACAGGUUGGAUGUUACACAACCUUGGAUUACAUCAUUGGUGACACCGGGAUUGCCAAAGGGAAGCAUUUCUGGGCUUUUCGUGUGGAAGCCCACUCAUACCUGGUCAAAGUGGGAGUUGCUUCUAGCACCAAGAUACAGGAAUGGCUUCAUAGUCCCCGUGAUGUGACCAGUCCGAGAUAUGAACAAGACAGUGGUCAUGACAGUGGGAGUGAAGAUACCUGUUUCGAAUCAUCACAGCCUUUUACAAUGGUCACUUUAGGCAUGAGAAGCUUCUUUAUCCCGAAGGCGCCUGCUGCCCCCAAAGAUUCAGCAAGCAGAAUUCUUCCCAUGCCAUCGUGUAUAGGGGUCUGCCUUGACUAUGAGAAAGGCAAGGUUGGAUUCUAUGAUGCAGAUCAUAUGAAAUGCCUUUAUGAGCGCCAGGUGGACUGCUCUGGAGUAAUGUAUCCGGCUUUUGCUUUAAUGGGUGGCUCAGGAAUUCAUCUGGAGGAACCCAUCGUAGCAAACUGCUUGGAGUACCAAGAUGACAUAUAAUACAGUGAUCUCUUCCCACAGGUGUUCUGAGAUGGAAAAUGAGAGCAGAGGCGUACUGCCUUGGCAUUCAAUUACAUCAUUAUUAAUUAAUUACAUCAUAUUUAAGUGCUGCACACGAGCCUUUGGGUCAUGAUUUUUAAAGCGAACGGCCCAGCUGCUUCUACAAGUGGGGAAUGUUCUUCCUUCUGGUAACUCUCUUGCCUUUCUUGUGAUCUGUGCGAUGCUCUUCUCCACAGACUGUCCUUCAAGGGGGAGGGAAGAAAUUUGCCUAGCAACCAAAAUUGUUCCUCGGGGUAGAAAUCUGCCUUUUAAGUAAUUCAAAUCCUUACACAGUUGGUCUUGCAUUAACAGAGUUGAGCCUGUUGGUGUGUGAUUGCCAUUAUCCUUUAAGAAAUCUGUCUGAAUGCAUUUGAGUGGUCAGAUGCUUUCUGACUAACCUGUUAGCUGGGCAUUUCAGUGCUAAAUAACACUUGGACAAAUACAGUGAGAAAUCAAAACUGCAGCUGAACCUUUAGGUUGUAUUUGGAAGGAGAACGGCAAACGAAAAACUGAUCCUAUUUCAUGUAUCUUUAAUGUGGCUAUAAUAUAAAACUCCAACGUGUGGUGUAUAGUUGGUGGCUUAUAAUGAUAAGUUUCUUUGCUCUUCAGGUUUUUAGUAUAGGCUGCAUAAUAUAAAGAAAGUGCAAUUUGACCUUAAACAUCAGACUUCUAUGUGGGAAGUCUGAAUUAUUUGCAUGUAUGAGUAACAGUACCUAGUAUGUGGGCAAAAGCAAACAAGUUAUUGACACAAGUAAUGAAAUGCGAACUUUUAAAUUCAGGUAUUUCUGUUAAAACAUGUUUUAUAAGUUAACUUUGUAUUCAGUGAAGGCUUGUUUUUAGUAAGGAUGUUAAAAAAGAAAAAAAAAAAGCACUGAUUAAGUUUUGAGACCCAAAUUUUGCCUUAAAGGUUGUCUCUGUGCAAAUUUCUGUUCCUCUCAUGUUAAUAGCUGUACUGGGUAGUAGUGUUUGCAUCUGUCUGAAAUCUGUGUAAAAAUCCAUUCAAGUACUUGCAUUGUGAAAAAAAAAAGGGGAUCUAAAGUGAAGGAUGUUUCUAAUAUAUCUUGGUGCUUUCUGAUUUUGGGGCAUAGUCGCCCAUCUUGAUGAAUGUGUGUGGAGUAUGCUUAUUAAGUUGCUAAUGAAGUACAUGUGAUAGAGUUGUAGAACUGGGAGCUGGGCAUCAGAGCGCACUUGAACGAAUGUCGGUGGCGGUGCAAGAGCUUCGCUG